GAAAACGAUUUUUUGAAACAUGGCGGCGGACACGCAGAAGAACAACAACAAAGCUGGAAAACCGGCUAAAAAGGAGCCUCAGCCGCUCAUCAUUGCCAAAACUCCGGCAGAGGAACAACGAUUAAAGUUAGAAAAGUUGAUGAGAAACCCCGACAAGCCUGCUCCGAUCCCAGACCGACCAAAAGAAUGGAAUCCAAGGGCCCCGCCAGAGUUUGUUCGGGACGUGAUGGGCUCAAGUGCCGGGGCAGGCAGCGGUGAAUUUCACGUUUAUCGCCACCUUCGCCGCAGAGAGUACCAGCGACAAGACUUUCUCGACAAAAUGUCUGAGGUCCAAAAUAAAAACGAAGCAUAUCUGGAAAGGUUGGAGAAGAACAAGCAGGCAGCGGAAGAGAGGACGGCUAAACGGAGGAAGAAACGAGAAAAGCUUAAGCAGAAGAAGCUAGCGGCUAAGAAAGCUAAACAAGAGCUUGACAAAAAUGACGGAAGGGACGAUGAUGAGAAAAGUUCUGAUAGCAGCGAAGGAGAAGACCACGACGAGGAGCGAGAGGCAGAGGAUGAUGCUGAGGUCCCAAGCUUCAUCAUGGGAAAGAAAUGACUUAAAGGACAAAUUGGCCAUUGAAUGGACAAGGCUAGGGGCCAGUUUCUAGGCUGUAGUCAUGAUUGGGAAUUAUUGUAUUUUUCUGCUGGCCAUUUAAAACUUCGCUGAAAUAUUUUUUACAUUUGCAUUUUUAGGUUUGUACCAUUUGAGGCCAAAGCAAAAGCUUAUAAGAGGAGAGUACAAGGCUGAAGCUGUCACAGAUGUCAGAACAUUCACUAAUCUAAUUGGAGCA